UAGCAAUUAUCUGAGCAAGACGUCGGAAAUGAAUGGCAUAUAGCAUUAUAAUGUAAAGCGUUACCCUGAAAUAAUUAUACAACUACCGUUUGUUGGUUUGCAUACUUUUUGAGAUGCAUGAAUACCAGAAAGAAGAGAGUGGUCUCUCCGCGGCCCCGAGCCAGAACAUGGCGGAACACUUGGGGUAGAAAUAGCAGCUAACACUAGCUAGCUGGCGUAUUAUUCAGUCAGAAUUGGUAACAUUUGUCCAGGGUAAACACUACCGUCGGUCCGCAAAUGUGAAAUAAUGUUAUCGGUGCACAGCGCUGGACAUUUCGCGUUAAAGAGUUGCUUAACGUUGAAUAUAUGGAGCCGAGGCACUUAGCGUACUGCUAGCUCGGUAACGCGUUAGCUUUUCUAGCUAACGCAACUGGCUACAGUUGCCCGCAAUCGUACGGACUGUACUAAUAAACAGGUCGUUUAUUUUGAGGGGUAAAGAUCGUAACCGUAGGUCUUAUUGUAAAUACUCCUCUCGACUGUGCUUGGACUUUCCAAUCUCUCCUCCCUCGUUUGGUCGAUUAACAAGUUGGCUAACGGCAAUGCCCUCCGCACUGUAAACUGAAGUGUCGUUAGCUGCGAUGAUUUUGUGUGGCGCGUUGCCUUCAAUACUGCCAAGAUAAAUUGUGAGAUUGCUCGUGAAAAUAAUCCGAUAUUGUAGAAUUGAUCGGGCGAUCUUCCUGGACACUAGCCUGGGUGUUGCGCUUUUACGCUCCUUCGAAGAAGUGAUCGCUUGUUUGACCCCUGACACUGACGUUUAUAAUACUGCAUUGUAAAAGCGAUCCGGUCUAAGAGGUGAAGCAGACACCCUGUAAAAGUCAAGACGGUCCGGAAAGGGGAAACCGGUCACAACUACCUUCCAGGAUGACGGACACUCGUCGACGAGUCAAAGUCUAUACCCUCAAUGAGGACAGACAGUGGGAUGACCGUGGAACCGGCCACGUCUCCUCGGGCUAUGUGGAGCGUCUGAAAGGCACGUCUCUCCUGGUGCGAGCAGAGAGUGAUGGUUCUUUACUGCUGGAGUCCAAAAUCAAUCCAAACACGGCCUACCAGAAGCAACAGGAUACUUUGAUAGUAUGGUCAGAGGCAGAAAAUUAUGAUCUGGCACUGAGCUUCCAGGAGAAGGCUGGCUGUGAUGAAAUCUGGGAGAAAAUAUGCCAGGUUCAGGGAAAGGACCCAUCGGUGGACAUUACCCAGGAUGUGGUCGACGAGUCUGAAGAGGAACGCUUUGACGACAUGUCCUCGCCAGGUCUGGAGUUACCGCCGUGUGAACUGAACCGCUUGGAGGACCUGGCUGAGAUGGUGGCCUCCUCACUCCCAUCACCACUGCGGCGUGAGAAACUGGCACUAGCCGUGGAGAACGAGGGCUACAUUCGCAAGCUCCUGGAACUGUUUCGUGUGUGUGAGGAUUUGGAGAACAGAGAGGGACUGCAUCACCUGUACGAAAUCAUAAAAGGCAUCUUCUUGCUAAAUCGUACUGCACUCUUUGAGGUUAUGUUCUCCGAGGAGUGCAUCAUGGACGUCAUUGGUUGUCUGGAGUUUGAUCCAGCACUUGCACAGCCACGGCGGCAUCGGGAGUUUCUCACUGAGACGGCCCGCUUUAAGGAGGUGAUCCCCAUCUCUGAUCCUGAACUGCGUCAGAAAAUACACCAGACAUAUCGGGUGCAAUAUAUUCAGGACAUGGUGUUGCCCACGCCCUCUGUUUUUGAGGAAAACAUGCUGUCCACCCUGCACUCGUUCAUCUUCUUCAACAAGGUGGAGAUUGUGGGCAUGCUACAGGAUGAUGAGAAGUUCCUGACAGACCUCUUUGCACAGCUAACAGAUGAGGCUACCGAUGAUGACAAAAGACACGAACUGGUGAAUUUCCUAAAGGAAUUUUGCGCAUUCUCACAAACGUUACAACCUCAAAACAGAGACGCCUUCUUCAAGACUUUGUCAAACAUGGGAAUUCUACCUGCACUAGAGGUCAUACUGGGAAUGGAUGACGUUCAGGUGCGUGGGGCAGCCACAGAUAUUUUCUCUUAUCUGGUGGAGUACAACCCCUCCAUGGUACGAGAGUUCGUCAUGCAGGAGUCUCAGCAGAAUGAUGACGACAUCCUCCUGAUCAACCUGAUCAUCGAACACAUGAUCUGUGAUACGGACCCAGAGCUCGGUGGAGCGGUGCAGCUGAUGGGUCUGCUACGGACUCUGGUGGACCCUGAGAACAUGCUGGCUACGGCAAAUAAAACCGAGAAGACAGAGUUCCUGAGCUUCUUCUACAAACACUGUAUGCACGUCCUCUCAGCGCCACUGCUGGCCAACACCACAGAGGAAAAACCAGGCAAAGGUAUUGUGUGUGUGAACAUGUGUGUGUGUGUGUGUGUGAACAUGUGUGCUGGUUUUGUAAAUACGACUUUAAUGCACACAUAUUUGUUGCUACCUUCUAACAAAAUUCUUCUCUUAGAUGAUUUUCAAACAUCCCAGUUGAUGGCCCUGAUUUUGGAGCUGCUGACCUUCUGUGUUGAGCACCACACGUACCACAUAAAGAACUACAUCAUCAACAAGGACAUUCUCAGGCGGGUGCUGGUGCUCACGGCCUCUCAGCACGCCUUCCUGGCACUAUGUGCCCUCCGCUUCAUGCGGAGGAUCAUUGGUCUGAAGGAUGAGUUCUACAAUCGCUACAUCAUGAGAAACUUUCUCUUCGAGCCUGUCAUCAAGGCCUUCCUCAACAACGGCUCCCGCUACAAUCUCAUGAACUCGGCCAUUAUUGAGAUGUUUGAGUACGUCCGUGUGGAGGACGUGAAGUCACUCACAGCUCAUAUAGUAGAGAACUACUGGAAAGCUCUGGAGGAUGUGGACUACGUCCAAACGUUCAAGGGCCUAAAGUUGCGGUACGAACAGCAGCGAGAGAGACAAGACAACCCCAAACUGGACAGCAUGCGCUCCAUCCUGAGGAACCACCGCUUCCGUCGUGAUGCACGGACACUGGAAGAUGAAGAGGAGAUGUGGUUCAACACCGAUGAGGAUGACCUUGAGGAUGGUGAGGCAGUGGUUCCUCCAUCUGACAAGAUGAAGAGUGAGGAAGACCUCAUGGAACCUAUAAGCAAGUUCAUGGAGAGAAAGAAAUUGAAAGACACAGACGAGAAAGACUUACUGGGGAAGUCGAGUUUAUCGGGCCGGCAGAACCCGAGCUUCAAGCUCUCCUUCUCCGGCUCCACUAAAACGAGCCUGUCCAGCCCUCCAUCGUCUGCCUCAUUGAACCCAGGUUCUCCAGGAUCACCGGGUUCUCCAGGCUCAGGGGCACGCAGCUCACCGUCCACCACAACUGUAACCACAAAGGGAGGUUUAGUGGGACUGGUCGACUAUCCCGAUGAUGAUGACGACGACGAGGAGGAUGAAGAAGAGGAGGAGGAUGGCGAGAGCAAAGAGGACCCUCUGCCACCUUUGAAGAAGUCCAAACUGAGUUCUUAAAGGAGCUUCACUGUCCGGCCUGUGCUCUGCUCGGACAGCUCCGCUCAGAGAGCUUCCACAGGAAGGAUCAAACUUGUAAACGGAUUGAAUGAGAGCCACCCCUCGCUGUCAGCGGGCGGCCCACAGAGGAGCAGACUGAACGGAUACGAAGCCUCCUCAGACUAUCCCACUUCAUACAAGUGCCAAUCGAGAAACCAGGAGUGAAAGAAAAUGUCUGAAGCGUGUGACAGACGUUUGAAUGUCGGGGGAGAAAAGAUCGUCAGCAGACUCGGAACGAGACGGGUUGGAGUUCGGUUACUUAGCAACUGGAGGAAACAACCACAUCCAAAACAUGUACACACAGACUGAAAUCCCAGAGAGCUUGCAGACUCAGACCAUAGCCCACUGCCCCCCCCCACUCAGGGAAGGACAUCAGUGGCCCAAAUGGGUUGGCCAGUUCAGACCCAGAACCACCACUCGCACCCCCUCCCCCCUUCCUGCUCCUCAGAAUUCACCUUCCUCCUUGUUUCCACCUACUUCUGUUUCUCCUCCCUCCUUUCUUUGUCUGUUGCUUUUCAACUUUUUUUUAAGUUAGUAUAUAGGACCAGGCGGGAGGCAGCAUGUGGCAAAGAGCUGUCCUUGUUGUCGUUUGAUGAUGUCAUCAGUGUUGUCGUUCCUCAGCGGACGUUCUUUCUCUGAAGAGAAAAAAGCCAGCAGUUUCUUCAUAAUUUUCUUUUUGUUCUCUAUUUGUCUCUCAAUCUCUUUCUCCUGUUUUUUGUAAAUGAUGACAAAAAAGACCUGCCUUUAAAUGUUCAGGACGUUUUCAGUCACACUUGAACAGGUUUUUAAAGACCUCAGUAGGUGAGCUAGUUUUACCCUUUUUGCCCUUUGAAACUGCAGAUUUUUUGGAGAAUUUGUAAUCCCGUCUUGAUUAAAGAUUGAGUGGAAUUCUAGAUGUGAUGAAUUUUGUCAUAUCUUUUCAUUUCUUUCCUUUUACAUGAGUGUACACUUAGUUGUUCUGAAUAUUUGGGACCAUUAAAAUGAUCUUUGCUGUAA